AUGAGAAACAACGAAGUUAGACUAAACAGCGGUUACACCAUGCCGGUUUUUGGUUUUGGGACUUACUCUGCUGAAAAUGAUAGAGAGACAACAGAGAAAGCUGUCCAAAUGGCACUCCAGAUGGGGUACAGACACUUUGAUACUGCAAGAAUAUAUGGGUCGGAGCCAUGGCUGGGCAAUGCAUUGAGAAAAGCAAUAUCUAAGGGAGUGAUUGAGAGAGAAGACAUCUUUGUUACCUCCAAACUUUGGUCAAGUGAUCACACUGAUCCUCUUUCUGCUCUCAACCAAACCCUACUGAAGCUAGGGAUGGAGUAUGUAGACUUGUAUCUGGUGCACUGGCCAGUGGGUUUGAAGAAGUGGGCUAAUUACCCAGUGCCUAAUGAAGAAGACUUUGAUGAGGAGUUUGACAUUGAGGCCACGUGGCGUGGGAUGGAGAAAUGCCUUCAAAUGGGGCUUUGCAAGUCCAUUGGUGUCAGCAAUUUCUCCACUGCUAAGAUUCUAAACCUCCUCAACUUUGCCACUGUCCCUCCUGCUGUUAAUCAGGUGGAAAUGCAUCCAAUGUGGAGACAAAGAAAGCUAAGGGAAGUGUGUGGGGAGCAUGGAAUCCAUGUAAGUGGAUAUUCCCCUCUGGGUGGCCAUGGAAAUGCCUGGGGAACAACUGCUGUGUUGGAUAAUCCCAUCAUACAAUCCAUUGCCUCCAAACACAAUGCUACUCCAGCUCAGGUUGCUCUGAAAUGGAGUUUAUCAAAGGGAAGUAGUGUAAUCGUGAAGAGCUUCAAUUCACGGAGGCUGAAGGAGAACAUAGGAGCCAUGGAUCUGAAUUUGGACGAUCAAGAUUUACUUGACAUUGAAAAGAUGGAGGAAAGGAAAGUAAUGAGGGGAGAAUUCCUUGCUAAUGGAACCUCCAGUCCCUAUAGAAACAUUAUGGAAUUAUGGGAUGAUGAGAUUUGAUCAUUUAAUUAUGUACUACUUUCAGACGUUAUAAAUUUAUAAUCAUUCCCUCAGUUACAUA